UAUGAGAGGCAGCACUAGUCUUCCGGAGCUGAGAGAAAAACGUGGGGCUCAGGGAGAAUGUGCCAGAGUUGGUGCUACCUGGAGGGAGUUUAAACUCACAUGUCUUGAAGUGGCCAGGCACCAUGCUGGGUGAUGCUGGGGACCUCAGUGUGGGCGAGGAGCUCACAGGCUGACACAUUCCCAGCUCAGCUUGCAUGUGUGAUAAGGGAAGUAAGUAGUCCAAGUCAUUGUGAGAGCCCAGAGGGGGAGCUGGUUGGCCUGAAGGAGUUGAGCUGAGUGCCGAGGAUGUAGCAGAGCUAGGCAGCCGAGGGUGAGGGCGAUUUCAUCCAAACAGAUGCUUCCUGAGGCAUGCCAGGGCUGGGCCUGGUGCUGGUUGGUGCUGGGGACCUAGAGAAGAGACAGGCCUUGCUCUACCCUCCAGAGGCCCCUGGCUGGUGAGCGAGACAGACACACUCAUACGGUCCAAGGACAUCAGCAAUCAGAAAGGUCAGGGGAGGGACAAGGCCAAAGCUGGAAAAGUGUGAAGAUGUUUUCUGGGUGGCAAAACUGAAUAGUUACAUUUGUAAUCAUUUAAUCAUCUCCUCAACAGAUGUGUGUGAGCCAGGAUACAGCUGUGAACAAGCAGACAAUCCAUCUUGAAAGUUGUCUCCCCCACUGGGCAGAGGGAUGGAUGGCAAGCGGCGGCCAGGCCCAGGGCCUGGGGUGCCCCCAAAGCGGGCCCGUGGGGGCCUCUGGGAUGAGGACGAGCCAAUGCAGCCAUCCCAGUUUGAGGAGGAGCUGGCAAUGAUGGAGGAGAUGGAGGCGGAGCACAGGCUACAGGAACAGGAGGAGGAGGAGCUGCAGUCAGCCCUGGAGAGGGCCACAGAUGGGCAGUUCUCCCUGUCAGCCACAGAUCCCCGCUGGCUUCGGCCCACCCCACUGCCCCUGGACUCCCAGGCAGAGCCCCUCAUCUUCCAGCAGUUGGAGAUCGACCAUUAUGUGGGCCCAGCACAGCCCCUGCCUGGAGGGCCCCCUCCGUCCCCCGGCUCCGUGCCUGUGCUCCGCGCCUUUGGUGUCACUGAUGAGGGCGUGUCCGUCUGCUGCCACAUCCACGGCUUUGCGCCCUACUUCUACAGCCCGGCGCCCCCCGGUUUUGGACCCGAGCACCUGAGCGACCUGCAGCAAGAGCUGAGUGCGGCCAUCAGCAGGGACCAGCGCGGGGGCAAGGAGCUCACGGGGCCGGCGGUGCUGGCCGUGGAGCUGUGCUCUCGAGAAAGCAUGUUCGGGUACCACGGGCACGGCCCUUCCCCGUUUCUGCGAAUCACCCUGGCGCUGCCCCGCCUCGUGGCCCCCGCCCGCCGCCUGCUAGAGCAGGGCAUCCGAGUGCCAGGCCUGGGCACCCCCAGCUUCGCACCCUAUGAGACCAAUGUCGACUUUGAGAUCCGGUUCAUGGUGGACACGGACAUCGUCGGCUGCAACUGGCUGGAACUCCCGGCUGGGAAAUACGUCCUGAGGGCAAAGGAGAAGGCUACUACACUGUGUCAGCUAGAGGCGGAUGUGCUGUGGUCAGACGUGGUCAGUCACCCCCCAGAAGGGCAGUGGCAGCGCAUCGCACCCCUGCGCAUCCUCAGCUUUGACAUUGAGUGUGCCGGCCGCAAAGGCAUCUUUCCUGAGCCCGAGCGCGACCCCGUGAUCCAGAUCUGCUCUCUGGGCCUGCGCUGGGGUGAGCCGGAGCCCUUCCUGCGCCUGGCGCUCACCCUGCGGCCCUGCGCCCCGAUCCUGGGCGCCAAGGUGCAGAGCUACGAGAAGGAAGAGGACCUGCUCCAGGCCUGGUCCACCUUCAUCCGCAUCAUGGACCCUGACGUGAUCACCGGCUACAACAUCCAGAACUUCGACCUUCCGUACCUCAUCUCUCGGGCCCAGACCCUCAAGGUACAGACAUUCCCUUUCUUGGGCCGUGUGGCCGGCCUCCGCUCCAACAUCCGAGACUCGUCGUUCCAGUCCAAGCAGAUGGGCCGGCGGGAGAGCAAGGUGGUCAGCAUGGUGGGCCGUGUGCAGAUGGACAUGCUGCAGGUGCUGCUGCGGGAGUACAAGCUCCGCUCCUACACGCUCAACGCCGUGAGCUUCCACUUCCUGGGCGAGCAGAAGGAGGACGUGCAGCACAGCAUCAUCACCGACCUGCAGAACGGGAACGACCAGACCCGCCGCCGCCUGGCCGUGUACUGCCUCAAGGACGCCUACCUGCCGCUGCGGCUGCUCGAGCGGCUCAUGGUGCUGGUGAACGCCAUGGAGAUGGCGCGUGUCACGGGCGUGCCCAUCAGCUACCUGCUCAGCCGCGGCCAGCAGGUCAAGGUCGUGUCCCAGCUGCUGCGGCAGGCCAUGCGCGAGGGGCUGGUGAUGCCCGUGGUGAAGUCGGAGGGCGGUGAGGACUACACGGGAGCCACUGUCAUUGAGCCCCUCAAAGGGUACUACGACGUCCCCAUCGCCACCCUGGACUUCUCUUCGCUGUACCCAUCCAUCAUGAUGGCCCACAACCUGUGCUACACCACGCUUCUGCGGCCCGGGGCCGCCCAGAAAUUGGGCCUGACCGAGGAUCAGUUCAUCAAGACGCCCACUGGGGACGAGUUUGUGAAGACGUCGGUGCGGAAAGGGCUGCUGCCCCAGAUCCUAGAGAACCUACUCAGUGCUCGGAAGAGGGCCAAGGCCGAGCUGGCCAAGGAGACAGACCCACUGCGGCGGCAGGUCCUGGACGGGCGGCAGCUGGCGCUGAAGGUGAGCGCCAACUCUGUGUAUGGCUUCACCGGCGCGCAGGUGGGCAAGUUACCAUGCCUGGAGAUCUCGCAGAGUGUCACCGGGUUCGGGCGUCAGAUGAUUGAGAAAACCAAGCAACUGGUCGAGUCUAAGUAUACAGUGGAGAAUGGCUACAGCACCACUGCCAAGGUUGUAUAUGGUGACACUGACUCCGUCAUGUGCCGAUUCGGUGUGUCCUCUGUGGCUGAGGCGAUGGCCCUGGGGCGAGAGGCCGCGGACUGGGUGUCAGGCCACUUCCCAUCGCCCAUCCGGCUUGAGUUUGAAAAGGUCUACUUCCCCUACCUGCUCAUCAGCAAGAAGCGCUACGCGGGUCUUCUCUUCUCCUCCCGGCCUGACACCCACGACCGCAUGGACUGCAAGGGCCUGGAGGCCGUGCGCAGGGACAACUGCCCCCUUGUGGCCAACCUCGUCACUGCCUCGCUGCGCCGCCUGCUCAUCGACCGAGACCCGGAGGGCGCUGUGGCCCACGCGCAGGAAGUCAUCUCGGACCUGCUGUGCAACCGCAUCGACAUCUCCCAGCUGGUCAUCACCAAGGAGCUGACCCGCGCGGCCGCCGACUACGCCGGCAAGCAGGCCCACGUGGAGCUGGCCGAGAGGAUGAGGAAGCGGGACCCCGGGAGUGCGCCCAACCUGGGCGACCGCGUCCCCUACGUGAUCAUCGGUGCUGCUAAGGGCGUGGCCGCCUACAUGAAGUCUGAGGACCCGCUGUUCGUGCUGGAGCACAGCCUGCCCAUCGACACGCAGUACUACCUGGAGCAGCAGCUCGCCAAGCCGCUGCUGCGCAUCUUCGAGCCCAUCCUCGGCGAGGGCCGCGCCGAGGCCGUGCUGCUGCGGGGUGACCACACGCGCUGCAAGACGGUGCUCACCGGCAAGGUGGGCGGCCUUCUGGCCUUCGCCAAGCGUCGAGACUGCUGCAUCGGCUGCCGCACUGUGCUCAGCCACCAGGGAGCCGUGUGCAAGUUCUGCCAGCCUCGGGAGUCGGAGCUGUAUCAGAAGGAGGUGUCCCACCUGAAUGCCCUGGAGGAGCGCUUUUCGCGCCUGUGGACGCAGUGCCAGCGAUGUCAGGGCAGCCUGCAUGAGGAUGUCAUCUGCACUAGGCUCGACGGGCCACACUUCAGCUGUCUGUACCCAGACGGCGUCUUCUAUGACCUGGACAGCUGCAAGCACUCCAGCUACCCCGACUCAGACGGGGCUCCUGAUCCCCUAUGGGACUGGACCGGGUCCCCACCUGUCCCAGCUGCCCCCUAUGAAGCCUUCGACCAGGCAGCAGCCGCCUUUGGCCACCCCCAGGCCAUGCAGCUGUGCUACGGACCCUCGGCCUACAGCUCUACAGGGAGCCUCGACCCGGCCCCCAGCCUGGAGGCCACAGGGCCCGGCCUCCCAGCGUACCCCACAGAGGACUUCACCAGCCAGACUCUGGGUCCCGCGGCGUAUGCCCCGUACCCCAGCCCCGCGCUGUCGGAGGAGGACGAUCUCCUGCUGGACAGCCCCGCCCUGGAGGUUUCGGACAGCGAGUCGGACGAGGCCCUCAUGACUGGCCCCGAGGGGAGGGGAUCUGAGGCAGGGGCCCGCAAGAAGCUGCGCCUGUACCAGUUCCUGCUGGGGCUGCUGACCCGCGGCGACAUGCGCGAAUGCGUGUGGUGGGUGGAGCCGGGCGCCGGCGUCUUCCAGUUCUCCUCCAAGCACAAGGAGCUCCUGGCGCGCCGCUGGGGCCAGCAGAAGGGCAACCGCAAGCGCAUGACCUACCAGAAGCUGGCGCGCGCCCUGCGCAACUACGCCAAGACCGGGGAGAUCCGCAAGGUGAAGCGCAAGCUCACCUACCAGUUCGACAGCGCGCUGCUGCCCGGCGCCCGCCGCGCCUGAGCCCAGCCUGGGCGC